UACAACUCAUUCACCCUCUCAUUCCCUCCACGAGUCCUUUAAUGGCAUUCGUCUCUUCCCCUCAGCGAGACUGCUGUCCUCGCCUUACAAAUUUGACGUGGGUUCGAUGUGGGUUCAGUCAUUUGCAAAUCCGGCUCUCUUAGCAGUGGCCAAGGACUUGGGUAACGAUAUCGGAUUUGUGGCCGGCAAACUCAGUCAGAUUGCGCCCAUCUCUCAAGUUCUGAUCGUCGGGGCUCUUCAGAAUUUUGCUGGUUACUUCCUGCUCUGGCUUGACAUCACUCGAAACAUCCCUUCUCGGCCCUUCUGGGCGGACAGGACACUUCAAAAAUCCAAGAGCACGCAAGAUCUUUUCUUACGUAAUAAUCUUGAAAAAUGCCAACGGACAGCUUGACUUGGCUUCAAGCGAAUGAAAGCAAGCUUCUUCGCAUGAAUCGCCUUCACUCUCCAGACACAUAACCUCUUCUUGGAGCUUCUACAUGUGCCAUACAAUCAACAUUUGAAGUUGCCAACAUUAUUUCUCCACCUCAGCCUCUCCUUGAUGAUCCUCCAUGAUAGAUUGAAACACGAAACACCUCUCAAGAAGGUGUCCAUGGCUGCAGAGUCAGCCACUCAAGAUUCAAGGAAACGGACAUUGGAGGCAUUGGAGAGAAGAUUAGCUGUUGCCAAAGCUGAGCUUCUCACACAACAAAAGAGAGAUAAAAAGAGUAUAAAAGAAUAUGGGAAACAACAUACUGCAAGUAUUACCUCCACUGAUUCCUCAUCACUUUUAUGUGGUCCACCAGGCACGCCGCCUUUGGUCACAUCUUCUAAGAAAGGGAAUUUCACUUUCUCUGGCCAGGCUACUUUGCAAGACAGUGAAGAAGGUGGUACAACUUAUGCGCAGCUCUCUCAGACUGUACAUGAAAAUCUGCUGGCUACUAAUGAGGAGAUCAUGCAGUUUUCUGCUGGGAGAAAAAGUUCAAUAAAUAGUAUAUUACAUGAGCUUCUUCAGAAGGGAGAUUCGGCUCCAAAGUACCUGCAAGGCUCAAGAAGCAUGAAAAUUGAUAACUGGAUCCAUCUUGAUAAUCUUGUACAAAGAUGUGGAGCAUCUAGUGGUUCUCACAUCAGGGCUUUGCGAGUAAAUUCAAAACGAUCGAAGAAAAACAUGUCUAUGAAACAACAUAAAAAGCAUGGAACAUUGGACCUUCCUCAAAAGUUCCACAAAUUUGAUACUUUCAGGCCAACGCAUGAAUUAUGGAAAGGUUACAUGCAGCAACUUCUUACUGCAGCUGGGAAGAAUCAAUUAGCUCAAUGUCUUGUUGAUGCAGAUCUACAUGGUGCCAUCAUUCUAGAAGCUACCAAUGUCAUCUUAGCCUUAUCCACAAUGGCUGUAUUUUUAUCUUUUGAAUUUCACUUUUUGCAGUUAUGGUGUAAAGUAAUUUCUUUUACUGGAGUUUGUGGCAUUGUGAUUCGUGAAACAGCAGAAACGUUUGGGAUAAUUUCUGAAGAUAACAAAUUUCAAGUUGUUCCAAAAAAGAUUUCUGUAUUUGUUUUCCAUGUUGAUUGCUGGAAAGUCACUCUGCAUGGGGACAAACUCACUUCAAGAAAAUUGGGAUUAUGAUAUUUUGAUUUCAGGCUAGCAAUUGUACAGGUGCAGCUGAAGAGAGAAAAGUUGAAGAAUUUGCAAUCAAAUGUUUGAAGCUGUUUGGCCUCACGUUUCUCAAUUUUUCAAUUUCACAAGGCGGAGUCAUCCUCAUCCUCUAAAUGUACUCCUUUAAUUCUAUUUGUGGUAAAAAGACUAAUGUUAGUCCUAUUUAUAAGGUGCCUCAUUAUUUUCUAUGCA